AUGGGAACUGAGACCAGUUCUCUCAUACAAUACCUGAGUCAGUUGCGACAUGCGUUGAACGUGCUGGAAAACGUGGAGUGCUGCACUGGUGAAGACCAUCGUCAGUUUCCAGUCUACGAUGCCUGGCUCGACCUGGUUGCCGUGUUCAUGGCGAUAAGCGUUGCGGUGAAGCGUGUUGGAGUCCUGGUUCGUAGACAAGGUCUGUCGGCUGGGGCUCGGCCUCACGAGAAGCAUCUCAGUGCCGCUAGCCUCGAGCAAGCAGCGAACCGCGUCUGGGUCGAAGAGCUGGUAGCGAGCCAGCGCAGCUGCGUGCUGGUAAGCGAGGACGACCCCGAACCGCUUGUGAUAGAUAACGCCACACAGGGCAAGUUUGUGGUUGUGUUUGACCCACUAACAGGACGAGCGCAGCCGCCGUGUGGAGAGAUGGGCGCUAUUUUCGGCAUUUUUCGCCAACUAGGUCAGAGCGACACGCAAGGGGACGAAUUCAACCCACGCGAUGUGUUGCAGCCCGCACGGCAACUAGUUGGUGCAGGUUAUGCACUCUAUGGUCCAGCGGUAUUGCUGUAUGUGUCACUUGGCGCUGGGGUGCAAGCUUUCACCCUCGAUGGAGCUAUGAAUGAGUGGAUUCGAACCUCGCCACAAGUCCGCAUACCGAUCUGCGGGCACUGGUACAGUCUGGAUGAAGGAAGCGAGUCCCUGUGGGAUGCCGACCUGCGAAGCGCUUUGCAUCGAUUUAAGGAAUCGGUUUCUUUGAAUGGAGAACGACGUUCCCUACGAAGGACUGGCUCCAUGGUUGCAGACCUGCAUCGCGUGAUGCUGUACGGCGGUGUACUGCUGUAUCCGCCAUGCACCGCCCAACCGCAGGGCCAUCUGAAGCUCCUGUACGAGGCGGGACCAUUGGCAUUCCUGGUAGAGCAGGCAGGAGGUCGGGCUACGGAUGGAAGACUGGCGCUUUUUGAUCGACGACCAACGACGCUGCACGAACGCGUACCUGCAUACAUGGGCAGUGUGAAUGAUGUUGAACUGCUAGAGCAACUACUUGCAAAAAUAGAUAGGGAUCCGAUGUUCCUACUUCGACGUUCAGUUUCAGUUGAUGAAUGGGGAGCGCGCAGCCGCUUGUCCGAUGAUGUACAGGCGACACAAGCGCCGUGGUCACCGCUCCAGACAGUUGGUGGUGUGCUGGCGAGCGUGCCCCCGUUUCUACUGGAAGACUCCGAUUGA